CCGCCCUCUUUUCUUCAAUCUUCUGCCUGUUGCCCUACUCGACCCAGCUGCACGGUCGGUCAGAGGGAGGCGUGCCGCCUGUUCGCCGGAAAGCUUGGCCGGAUUGAUAAAUCGAUUGGUUCGUGUUUCUUCUCCGAUUAGUCCCAGAUUUUAGGGGAACCUUAUAACAAUUGGAGAUCAAGACUAUUGCCAGCAAUUUGCUAGGUGUUCUGCUUGUGUAAUGGAUUCUUCUUGCAGCGAAAUUCUGACAUUCCAGAGAUUGAUCUAGGAACUUGCUUUGCAGUGCCUAUAUCUCCAGACCCAAUGGAAAAGGAUUCCGGGACUGAUAAAAAUGCCGAUGUUCCGCUGGAUAAGUUAUCUUUAGGAUUAUUCAACCAACACAAACUCCUGAUUCCAGAAGCAGAGAAACGCAAAUAUGUAGUUCUUGUGUCAACUGGAAGUUUCAACCCUCCUACUUAUAUGCAUUUGCGUUGUUUCGAACUAGCAAGAGACACAUUAAAUUCACAUGGAUUCUGUGUCAUUGGAGGUUACAUGUCACCCGUGAAUGAUGCAUAUAAGAAAAAGGGUCUUAUAUCUGCCAAGCAUCGAAUUGCAAUGUGCCAUUUGGCUUGUAAGAGCUCCGACUUUAUAAUGGUGGAUCAGUGGGAGGCAAGUCAGAAUACAUACCAGCACACAUUGACUGUUUUGUCUAGAAUCAAAACCUUAUUAUCAAAUAGUGGAUUAGAAUCAGAUUUGCUCAAGGUUAUGCUUGUGUGUGGCUCGGAUUUGUUAAAAUCAUUUAGCAGUCCAGGAGUUUGGAUACCUGAGCAUGUUAGGACAAUAUGUAGAGACUUUGGGUUGGUUUGUGUUCGAAGAGAUUCUCAGGAUGUUGAUAAGAUUAUCGCUGAUGAUGACAUUUUAAGUGCAUAUAAGACCAACAUCAAAGUUGUAGAUGAGGUAGUGCCGAACGGGAUAAGUUCGACAGGACUAAGGGAAUGCAUCUUGAAGAGGCUGUCAAUAAAAUAUUUGACUGCAGAUGAAGUCAUUGAGUAUAUAAAGGAGCAUGGUCUCUACAUGGUCCAAAAUUGAGUUUAUUCCUAUAUGCAAAAAACUUACCCAAAUGAGUUCAGUUAUUAUGUGUUCACUUGUUGCCACAUUCAUGGUUUUGAACAAUUCUACGUAAAUAUGUACGAUGUUGUAAUUUGUAACACUACGUAUUUUAACUAACUAUUUUUAGUGUAAAUUAUGGUGACAUUUUAUUAAUUUGACCACCAACGUCCGAAUAAGAACUUCCGGAGUAUAUUUUUAGAAUGAACUCAAUGAAGUAUAUUAUGGGAC